UGCCGUGCACUUCGCUGUCCGUUAUCAGUCGAGUCCAGUCGUACGCCGGCAAAUGGUUUAUAAUAGGGGAAAUUGUUCUGGUUUUGACGUUAUAAAAUGUCUUUCUAUCCGUAAAUUAAUAUAGUAUACGCAAACGAAUCUCGUAAGAAUAUUGUGAAAUACAUCAAGAACGUGCACAUCAUUUGUACCGACCAAUUUUUGCAUUUAUUCAAUGAAUAAAAUUCUUGGAGCAAGGAUGUUCCGAAUUUUUUGAAGUGUUGCGAAGAUGCUAAAACACCAACCGCAAAAUGUAACAGUUGCGGUUAACGAAUUUGAGGCGGAGGAAGGUGCAAAGGAAGAAAACAACGUUACCAAGUGGGAACAUAUUUUGAAGAUCCUUCUUGAGAAAGACAGCAAGAACAUACUUUUCUUGAUCGGAUAUAACUCCUUGAUCAUCUACUAUCUUGGCAUCUGGAUCGCUACGACCAAUAGUCUAGCAUUAAAAGCAUACCAGAAUACAGUUUAUUUUAAUAUCUUCGCGUUGGGUGUCUGCCUUAUAUCCGUAUGGGUCGAACAGAAUACAUCAAGUGGAAAUAAAAUACAGCCUUUGAUUUCAUCCUUCAAAUUAAAACAAAAUACCGUCUACAGUCACAACCGGUCACGAUCCGCAUCCGGAUAUCCGGAAUACAGAGGAAGUUUCGCAACACAUUAUCCCAGGCAUUCGAUAUCUGGAACAUGCGACCUCACAGUGAAUCAUCGGGAAACUGCUAAGGAUUGUCACGAUGACGCUAAGAAUUCAUCCCUGACGAUUUUAGGCCUUGAGAAGUAUGAGAUUCUCGCACUCCUCGUAACAUCCUGUAUGGCGCUGAUGUCAGCGUCCCUAAUCUCCAUGGAAGCUGUAACGAGGAUCACGAAUCAGCCAGUGAUCCAUACGGGACGUCUUGGACUCGGUGCAAUUCUCGGUCUCGUCGCUCACUUGGGAACGAUCUUUGGCUACAGGGAUGCCGCGCUUGAACAUGUAGUUUGCAAAGCACUGCCCUGCCCUACUUUGAAGGGUUACAAUCCUAUACUGGGUGGUAAUUUGUUAGGAGCUGCAAUUUUAGAAGGUGCCCACGUGCUUAUACAGAAUUGGGGAUUUUAUGCUGUUGAUACAGCCGCUGCCUUCACUAUAGUUGGCCUGACUGUAACGUCUAUGCUACCACUUGCUUUCUAUACGGCUAGUGUAAUAUUACAGAAAUUACCUUACCACAUGAGCGAGCAGCUUGACAAGUGUCUGAGGGAGGCGCUCAAUGUAGACGGUGUUCUCGAAUUCAGGAACGAGCGUUUCUGGACCAAAUCCUUUGGCAAGCUAGCCGGUACUCUUCAAGUCCGCAUAAGAAGCGACGCCGACGAGAAUCACGUUUUGGAGAAUGUCGUUGGACGUCUGUCCAAGAUCGUCUCUACGCUCACUGUUCAGGAAUUCCGUGAGAAUCGCUUCCCUGCCACUUCCGGUACCGAGCUUCCUGCAGAGUACUACAUAAACGAGCUACUUCCUGCGGACAAUAGUAACAGGAAGAGAAGUUGCGAGGAAAAGAGUAGAAAGUCCGAGGACGAGGUGCGGAUUAUAAAAAUCGACGAUAUACUUCGAGUCGAACCUGGCUCCUUCGAGACCUUCGAGCUGCUUCCUGCCAUUUCCAAGAGCAAUGGUUUCUACUCGGUCGAUAAGUUUAAGAAGAAUUUAACAAUUGAUUGUAACGACAAUGUUCAAUUGAAGGAUUACUUGUAUAGAGAGUCUGUGGUCCAGAAUGCAUUGCUUCAAGGGAUGCGAAUUGAUCUGAAUAAUUUUUCCAAUUGCACGAUAUACAGUGAAGAUGCUGGAAUUUAGGACGUGGAAUUAUCACUGAACAAUUGAUAAUAAAAAUACUUUAAGGAAGAGCUUUGUGAUAACACUGUCACGAAUGGGGGAAAUCUUUACUAAAACUGUACAAAGGACGUUCGAUAUCCGUACCAAGGGGUAAAAGACAGUCUUAAAGAGUAGAAAAAUUAAACCUUAGAUAUGAUAGGUAAAUAAUAGACUACAAACAUAUUAUUAUUAUUUAUUUGAUUUAUAAUUAAUGCCUUCAACGAUGCGACGCGCUUGAAUAAAUUCUGCUUGAGAGUUUUCAAUAA